AUGCUGUGCGCUGUGGCGGGUCGUAUCAUUAACCGAUGCGGUUGUCCCGUAGCUAGCCCGCGCGGCAUCAUCCUCGUGAGACGGGCCGCUGCAAAGGCCAGUGUUGGUGAAGAAACCUACAUUAUGAGCUCACCAAAUCGGUUGAAGUUCCCUGGCGAGGACUUCUUUCACCCAGGCUUUACACCGGCAGGAUUCACGCCAACUACAGUCCCAGAAGAUGAAGCUUUUACCUCGCGGCUGGAGCCACAGCCAAGGCCGAUUAUCACCAGAAAGCCGGUCCCCAGCCCAACUCAACAGACCUUGAGCACAAGCUCAAAACCCAACCCAUUAGCCAUGAACCCUGUUCUAAUAUCCUCGCCGGAGGCAGUAACUGAGGCAUCAGGCGUCGCCGAAGGUGAAGAGAAACGGGGAAUGGGCUUGGGUCUGGCCCAGGAGCCUAAUGCAGAAGCUACGUUGGCUGUUCCCGUUCAGAACUUGCUAUCAGCGGAGAGCCCAACGGAAGAGGUUUCCGCUCCGAGCUCUGCGUACGGUGACUCCUCUGCAGUGUCAGCGAACCCAUCCCAGCCGUCACCACCAGCACCAUGGCCGGCCGUUCCACAUGUACAGAAGGACUAUGCUUUCUCUCAGCUGCAUGGCGGUGGCGCGCCUCCACAAGAGACUUCACAGCCUGUCUCUCCCAUCAGCGAUUCGGACUAUUUCGAUUCCACACAGGCAAGCAGGGUAAACUCGCUAGCCCACAGAGUAUCGCAUCGAGCAGGAGUCCCAAUAUCUGCAACAUCAAAUGCGCCAAUGCCACCACUUCCCAUAGAACGCCAAAAGCUGCCAGAUGAAGGUGAACAACAAGAAGAGGUUCAUGGCGAGCAUAGACAUGAGCGAGAAACCGCAGUUCCGGCUCAGGAGAAGCGCCGCUCAACUAAAAACUGGCCACUGGGACUUUACUUUGACCGUCCGUCAGAUGAGCUCAGCCCCAUAGUUGCGUUUGACGAGUUGCCAGAUUUGAAGCAAAGCCCAUCUCACACAGCUCCAGAUGUCAUGAGUCCUUCGAUCCUUGAAGCACCACCCCCUUCACAACUACGAGCACCUAACACCCAACAGCAGAUGUUUGGACCGCAUAGGGCAUCACAGCAAUACCAGCAAACAUUCUCACCUCACAGAUCCUCACAGACUUUUAUCCCGUAUCGAGCAUCUCACCCACAGUAUUCGGCUCCCGCUCCAUUUGAUACGAGAUUCUCACUCCCGCCAGUCUCUGUGCAACCAGAACGGCCACCUAUGAAUUCGCAGCAAUCGAGAUAUUCAUCGGCCACAAUGGGCGGGACAACCCCUUUCUUGCACCACAACGAAGACGAGGGCAUUUUUGAUUCACAAAAGAAAGGAAUUAGCCGCACAGAUACAGCAGACUUUUCAACCGCCGGAUCUGCCCACUCAAUCUUUAGCAGUUUCCAGGCAUCAUGGCUUCCCGAAAUUCUCUGGAUCUUACUAUCUAUCGCCUGCUUAGGCAUAAUUGCCGUGAUACUCAGCCGCUUCGACCAAGAAUCACUGCGAGAAUUCCCACUGCCGAUUACUAUGAACACGCUCGUCGCCUUCUUCAUAACCAUUUGCCACGCUGCUCUCAUAUUUCCGUUGGUUCAGGCAUUGAGCCAGCUCAGAUGGAACUGGUUCGUCAGAGAGGACAGAAGCUUGGCUGAUUUUCAGGCAUUUGAAGAUGCGAGAACGGGCCCAUUUGGUGCCGUAAGGCUUCUGAUUGCUACAAAAGGCCGUUUUUUGAAUAUCGUUCUUGUAAUCAUAAUGCUGUUGGGCCUGAUCACAUCGGCGAUGACCCAAAUGAUUAUUGAUUUGGACAGGCGCCAAAAACAAAGCAUCCAAAAUGGCAUCUACAACCCUGCUGAAGUUCCUAUCGCACAUUUGCCGCCAGUAUGCGGCUCGAAAGAGUGCGAGACCCAGAAAUUCAGCUCCCUUGCGCCUGAUUUGAUGGCGGCAGCAAUAUCAAACGUAUUUAUCAUAUACACAAAGCAAGCGUCCUUCCAAGAACCGGGCUCUUCCUCUCCAGGGUCUUCAGACACGGCGUUUGGUGCAAUGGAGAUUCUCUUUCACUUUUGCGUCGCAGAGUAUACACUUAACUCCGGCACCGAGAUGGACCAACAGGUUACCCAGUUUAGAACUCGAGCAGAGGAAAGUAUGGUGGUUCUAUCGGAGUCAGGGAAGGACUACAAGAUUGAUCGUAAUUCGGCGGCAGCACUGACGCGGUACAUGACAUCUGCGUUCCACGGCACAUUUUCCGCAGCAAUUGGCUCCGGCGCAGUCGGCUACACAGGCGCCAGCGAUGCUGUCGGUUCCAGCAUGUUCGGUACUUCGUCCCAAACACUGCCUGAGAGGGACCGUCUUGCCUCUAUACGUAACCUUACGCAAAAUGUGGCAACUAGCUUGACGAACACUAUACGGACCCGAGGCAUACAUAUUUCUGCUGCUUCCAUUGAGCACGAAACCUACAUCUCGAUCCGAUGGGGCUGGUUUGCCUUUCUGGUCGUGCAGGUCGUCCUAGCUGCCAGCUUCCUGGGUGGUGUCAUCAUGGAGACCAUUUUGCUUGACGUUCGCGUGCUCAAGAGCUCUGCUCUCGCCGGAAUGUUUGCCGUCUCCGCCGAGGACCGCAAGCUGCUGGAGGCUGAGGGAAUCGGCAGGGUAAACGAAGGUCACGUCAUGGCCAGCGCGGUCAAGGCUGACGGCAUCAGGGGCCGAUUUGUCUGUAGUGGAGAUAGGGAGGGCUGGGUUCUGGACCUGGGUGUUCGCUAA